GCGGCGGCGGUAGCGGCAGCGGCGGCGCGUCCUGGCCGGACGGAGCCCCGCACCAUCCCGCGCCUGGGAUGGGUAGUGGAGCAGAGGAUGUGGGCGCAGCUGCACAGAGGGACCAUCGGCAGGUCCUCAGCUCCCUGCUGUCUGGCGCACUGGCCGGGGCUCUGGCCAAGACCGCAGUAGCCCCCCUGGACCGAACCAAAAUCAUCUUCCAAGUGUCUUCAAAAAGAUUUUCUGCCAGGGAAGCUCUCCGGCUCCUGUACCUCACCUACCUCAACGAGGGCUUCCUUAGUCUGUGGCGCGGGAACUCCGCCACCAUGGUGCGCGUGGUGCCCUAUGCCGCCAUCCAGUUCAGCGCGCACGAGGAGUACAAGCGCAUCCUGGGCCACUACUACGGCUUCCGCGGAGAAGCCCUGCCCCCGUGGCCGCGUCUCCUGGCGGGCGCCCUGGCUGGGACCACAGCCACCUCACUCACCUACCCGCUGGACCUGGUCAGAGCGCGGAUGGCCGUCACCCCCAAGGAGAUGUACAGCAACAUCUUCCACGUGUUCAUCCGCAUCUCGCGAGAAGAGGGGCUGCGGACGCUCUACCAUGGCUUCACGCCCACCGUGCUGGGCGUCAUCCCCUACGCCGGCCUGAGCUUCUUCACCUAUGAAACCCUCAAGAGUCUGCACCGAGAGUACAGUGGUCACCGGCAGCCCUACCCGUUUGAGCGCAUGAUCUUCGGCGCAUGCGCGGGAAUCAUCGGCCAGUCGGCCUCGUACCCACUGGACGUGGUGCGGCGGCGCAUGCAGACAGCUGGUGUGACGGGACACCCACGCAUGUCCAUCGUGGGAACGCUGCUCAGCAUCGUGCGGGAGGAAGGAUUGGUGCGUGGCCUGUACAAGGGCCUCAGCAUGAACUGGCUCAAGGGCCCCAUCGCCGUGGGCAUCAGCUUCACCACCUUCGACCUCAUGCAGAUUUUGCUGCGGCAUCUGCAGAGCUAGGGUACUGCCCCCCAGUUUUUGCAGAGUCACCUCUGGGCUAGGCGCUCCUGCUUCUGCCCCUAGCAGUCUCACAGCAGGGGAACCUAGACUAGCCCCCCCAAGUCUCCAGGGGAUAGCCAGACCCCAAAGUGCAAUGUUGAAACUGGGGGCUCAGGUCCCGCAGGCACUCUGCUCAUCCUCCCAGAGGAAGUGAUGGUCUAAAAGUCCCGAGGGGUGCCAUGGUGGUGCAGGGACCUGGUUUUUGGGGCCUGGCCGUGAGAGUGGUCUCUAGCCCCACUUGGCAGAGAAGAUGGGCCCCUGCCUACACAUCUGUGGCCCCGCAAGCAACUUCUCACCCAGUGCCCUGUCCUACUUGUCCUGACCCCAGGUCAGCCCCUGCCUCCACACCUGGACCUGCACGUCCCCACAGUGCUGUCCAGGAUGAGUGCCCCCACACACACACACACACAGAGCCCUCCUGCUGUCGAUGCCCCGUUGCUUUCUGCCCCCCUGCACGCAGCUGGGCCUCUGUGGUGGGGGGAAUUGAUCUGGGAGACCCUGAAUGUGCCCCCCAGGGUCCUUCAGACCUGCAGGCUGGUUUGAUUUCCGUGGACGGGGCCUCAUCCGGCAGAGGUUCAGACCCUCCCACACUGGGGGUCCCUAAAACAGGGUCUGUGGCAAGGCAGGGAGCCUGGAAGUCACGGUAUUCUAGAGUGUCCCCCGGGAGCCAGCCACAUAAACAACUUAGAAGUUGCCCUCCCCUCCCGUUACCCCAUGUCGGCCAGUCAGUGGUACCCAAAUCACCUUUCUGCCAGCCUGUGUUCCUAGGUCCGGCCAGCCCUGUCCCAGCACUCCCCAACUUCUGCCCGUCCUUUCCCACUGGCCAGCCCCUCUCAGGCCCAGAAGUCCUAGGCAGCAGGUGGGGUCUAAUCUGUGGGGAUCCCAUUCCUGUCCCUCCCCAGCCUUGCCCAGUACCAAGCCCACCAGAAGACAUGGGAUGGGCACACAAGUGCCGUGGCAAGAGAUGACAGAGGGGUCCUGGUGCCCCCCCAAGCGGUCAGACCAAAUGGACACUGGGCUGAAGGGUCCCAUCCUGCUGUCCCCAUGUGCCUCCCAGCAGCUGCCAGCUGGGGGCCCUGGGUAGCCCCCUCCAUGCUUUGCAGGCCCUGACCUGCCCCCUCUUUCCCACCUGCUGCUCUCCUGGUCUGGAGUUACAUUUUGAUGCCAUGAAGACACUUUGUUUAUAUAUAAUGUUUAUAUAUUUUAAAGAUUUGUGCCAAGAGAAUAUAUUUAAUAAAAAGUAAAAUGAC